AGUGAUGGUGAUAGUGGUGAUGUUGGCACAGUGGCCGUGUGGACAAUGACCGUGAAUGGCAGUGGUGCGGUGAAAGAGCAGGAAAUUACUAAUGCAGUGAUGUGAAGUGAUUGUAGAGCAGUGAAAGAAUGUAAUGUGGAGGAGUGUGAGAGACGUCUCCAUCGUAAAUUAUCCCUGGUCGUCACUGACUGACCACCCUCGUCACGGCCUCACCUCCGAGUCUUAUUACAUUGAGAAUCCGAAUAACACGCAAGUGCAAACCAUAUAAGAAGUAUCUUAAGGAACAAACUUAUAAUUAAUAUAGAGAUGGAGGGAGGGGAGGAGCAGCAGGAGCCCGAGGUCGGGAUGUGCGCCAACUGCGGCUUCCUGGCCAAGCUACGCUGUGCUAACUGUCGCCAGGCCUUCUACUGCAAGAGAGAGUGUCAGCGGGAACACUGGAAAAAUGGCCACAAGGACCAGUGCCAACCCUUUCAGGUGUUGGAGUCGGCAGAGCUGGGACGGUACAUGGUAGCGUCACGUGACCUGAAGGCGGGCGACGUCAUCCUGAAGGAAGAUCCCAUCGUGGUGGGCCCCAAACAGAUCACUGAACCCAUCUGUCUGGGCUGCUACGCAAGAGUGGACGGCUCCUACAGGUGUCAGAAGUGCAACUGGCCGAUGUGUGGACCUGCGUGCGAGUCUUCUCCUGACCACCUGCCGGAGUGUGUGGUGGGGCAGGAGAUAGGCUCACCCAUCGAUAUAGCCAACUUCGACGAGCCUAAUCACUUCUACGAGGUCAUCUUUCCUCUAAGAUGUCUGGCUCUGAAGAAGAAGUCGCCCAAGAAGUAUGAACAACUGUUGUCACUGGAGAGCCACUACGAGGACCGCAAAGGCACGCACGUCCACCAGGAGAACCAGAAGAGCAUCGUCAACUUCCUCCGUAACUAUUUCUUCAUCCAGGAGUUCCCCAUCGAGGACAUUGACAGCUCAGAGAAGUCUAUCCACACCAUCACCGGCAUCACCGACGUCAACUCCCUCGAGCUUCGACUGAAGCAUUCAGAGGUGUUGGGGCUGUACCCAACCUUUGCCAUGCUAGAGCACUCAUGCACACCCAAUAGCAAGCACACCUUCAACAAGGAGCGCCAAGUGAUAGUAAAAGCGGCAGUGGAUAUCAAACGUGGGGAACAUAUCAGUACAAUGUACACACACGUUCUGUGGGGCACAGCGGCGCGUCGUGACCACCUCAAGCACAGCAAGUACUUCAUGUGCACCUGUUUCCGCUGUUCCGACCCAACGGAGCUCGGCACACACUUCUCGGCCCUCCGCUGUAAACAGUGUCCGAAUGGCUUCAUGCUGUCCGCCGCGCCCCUCGACGAGUUAGCUGCCUGGAUCUGUACCUCCUGCAACGCCACCGUAACCAGUGACGAAGUGAAAGAAAUUAAUUUAAAAAUAGGGGAGGAGGUUGAGGCAGCACUAGCGAUGCCGUCUGUCGACUCACUGGAAAAACUAGUUCAGCGACACGGCAAGAAUUUGGUACAUCCGAAUCACUUCCAUCUGUUCGCUGCUCGUCACACAUUACUUCAAAUGUACGGCCGCGACCCUUCCAGUGCUGGCGAGGAGUCCAUGAAGAAGAAGGAGAAAAUGUGUCAGGACUUCCUCAAGGUGUGCACGGCGUUGGAUCCGGGCAUGUCCCGCCUGGCGCCCUACGCCGGCAUCGCCCUCUACGAGUAUCACCUCGCCGUUCUCGCUCGAGCUCGACAAGAGCCAGACGCGAAGCACGUAGACUCUGCAGCGCUCAAAAAGGACGUCGAAACAGCUAAGGCGCUCCUGCAGCAGUGUAUUCGUGUGUUGCAAGACGAACCUGAGGACCAGCCCGAAGGUCAGCUCUGUCAAGUAGCUCAACAAAAUCUGGCAGAACUACGGCAGUGGGAGGCGACGCUAUCAUCUCCCUAAGUGUUGCCCUUGUUUAUGUAUGGCUGUAUGAGGCUUGUUGCCUUCCCUUUUGGAUCACUUUCCCAUGUUCUCCAUACUCUUCUUAUUGACCGUUCAGAUUAUUUGCUAGUCAGCCACAAGAGUUAGGAGUCAUUCAUGAUCACUGAGAAAUCUGGCAAAUGUAGUCAUCAUCAGUAACAAUCGAUGAAAUGUUUGCACUCUAGUGAGAGAUACCAAAUACAGUAUAAAGAUACAUUGUGGCUACUGAGGAAUACAUUUCAUUAAAUCAAAGAGUUUUUACCCAAGUUUUCAGGCAGGUUAAGGCUGAAUUGCCAAAUGCAUAUGCUGGAAAUUCCAAUAGUGGCUUCCAUUGAACACUGUAUUAGCACACGGGAUUGUGUAGUCUGAUAAGAUUUGAAUUUAUUUUAGGAGUAAAAAGUCUUAGGCUGCCAUGUGGUGAGGAAGGCUACCAGGUCAGGGUAAUGGUGAGCUGGCCCACUCCACCCGUCCUAGCCUGACCACAACGCGGCAAAGAUGUGGUGUGUGUGUGUCCUAUAUUAGAUGUAAACUAUGUUCGAUUUCUGCUUUGUGUAUCCAGGAAAACACAAUCUAUGUGAUAAGUGUUACAUGCUAAUGAUUUUAAUGUGUUAGACGUAAGUGUGGAUGUUACUUUUUAUCUAGUGUUAAGUAAUUAGAUUCGAAGGUAAGUGCAAUAAUAUUUGCUAGACCGGAAAUGUGUUAAGCUGUUCAAAUUUGUUAAUAACAGUAAAUAUCUCUUACAAUA